AUGCAGAGGGUCCACAGCAGAAGAUCUGAAGGAAGUGAGGCAGAGGUUGAUGGACUUGGUACUGUACUUACGAGUAUUAAGCUAUAUUUUCAACAUUUAAUAAAUUAUAAUCUUUGGUAUUUAGUGAAUAAUUAAAACCCCUUCUGGCAGCUGGUACAUUGUAAGGUAAUGGCUUUGGCUCAGGGACAUUGUCCAAAAAAUAUAUAUGUUAAUUGCCCGAGAAGCGAAGCCUCGAAGGCAAAUCGAUGUGAAAUUUUGAGGACAUAAGCCUCAGCCAAGGGCAUUUAAUCAUCCAAUAUACCAGCAACCCAGAAAGGGGUUUAUAAUCCUCUGAUUAUUAUUUUACAUCUCUAACAUGUUUGGAGGGAAAGAAAAAAAGAGGUGAGCACACGUGCGAAUGACGCAAACAUGUAUAGCACAUUGAUAAUUUGGUUGAAUUUUUUAAUUGAAACUGUGAUUGGACUAGGGCUUGACAGCCUGUAACAUGAAAUGAACUCUCACAAUGCUCCAUACAUGUAGAUUAAAACUCGAAAAAGCAGCGUUUUUAGGUUAUAUUUUACUGAUAGCACUAUUCGAAAUUACUACUCAAAAAAGAUGAAGACUAUAAUCAUCUCAUUUUACAACUCAUCGAUUUUAUGGCGUAUUGAGUCACUUGACUGUAUGUCUGUCCAUCCGUCCAUUUGUCUUCCACACCACAGGCAUACCAAUGUUAAAUAACUCCAUCAACAGGUAUUGCAACCCAAGUGCAACUCGAGGAUUUUUUGGUGGCAAAUCGAAUGGCUGCCCGCAAGUUGUGAAGCAGAGACGGUAUUAAAGAGUCAAAAAAGAUUCGACAAAACAAAAAGAGGAAAUUGUUUCUGUAUCCAUGUUGUCUAAAAUAUUAAGCUUAGAUUAAUUGUCCCGUCCACAAAUUUGGAAUAUAGAGAAAGACAAAGGCAAAGAAAAUGAGAAAGUUAAGGCGACAGGCUGGACUUGCCAUAAGUUGACCUCAUGAGUUUAAGUGAGCGGAGCAAGCUUUUUAGGCCGCAAAGCAGCCGAGCAAACGACUAAGUCACAAGAGGUUGACUUUCGUCCCAUACCAUAUUAAAUCAGACAAAGGACUUUUUUGUCUAGUGACAGGCGAGAUAGUAAAGCUCAUUGAGAAAAAGAGCAACAGAGAGCUACAGCAAGAGAGAAAAAACAAAGGAGAUGAAUUUCAUUGGAAGAACAACAUGAAAAUUUUAUGGCGGCCGUGAGAAAAAGAGAAAGUUAGCAGCCAGCAAGGUGAUAAUAUAAGUGGCAGUGAAAAAAAAAAACAAACUGGAACACAAGCACAAAAUUUUUUGUGAGCACAUGCGACAUUUUCUCCAUGAGGGAAGUUUCACAUUGCCACAGCAGUGGCAAAGAAAUGUACAAAAAAAGUGUGCUGCACGUGCAAAGAUGUUUUUUUGCUAGUUAGAGUUGACUUUUUUUCGCCGUUGUCAUUGCUGUCGACAUUUAGCAUUAAACAAUUUUAUUUUUUGAGUAAAGUAUGCGUAUAUUAAUGAGAGCUUCGCCUUUAGCCCUGACUAAAUUUUUUACUAUUAUUUUUGUAAUACAGCUGAACAGGAGCUUGCGAAACUCCAGCGGCAGUAUCGUAUCAUUGAAGGAGACAGAAGGGCUUACAGCGAAGAGACACAGAAUCAAAUACGAAGACAACUGUAAGUUUCAGUUAAGCUAUUGUAUUUUAUCCUGCUGACCUGUGAGAUUUCUUCAAUUUUGUACACCAUUAAAGCGAAGGUUCAUGUACUUGAAAAUAAUUUACAGAUACCUUAACAAUUAUUAUAAUUAUAAAUAUAUACAUGUAGUAUGUUCAAAUAAAAAACUACACUUUAAAUGGAAGGGUACAUAAACACUGACAUAAAGAUUAAAGUUUUCCACAGAAAAAACUGAAAAACACACUAUGCACUGAAAUGAUCAACAUCAACUUUCAAUGGCUUGGUGCAAAACCUGGGUCAGUAAAUUUUCCUUGGAGGAAAAAAAUUUGGCAAGAAAAAGUUAAUUUAUUGUUAUCAGAGUAUGAGCAUUAUUCAUCAGUCCUGUCACAUGUAACAGUGUAGAGGAAGACCAGAUAUUAUAUUUAAAAGAAAACACAAAUACAGCUUUAAAUGGAUGUCAAAUUCAAUUCUCACCCUGGUUAGGUAGUCAAAUCAAAUCAAUUUCAAGUAUGUUUUAUUCAAAACAAAAGCUAUACAUGUAAUGUACAUGUACAUGACGAGACAACUAACGGCUUUCUAGGGGCGAUACAUCUUGACACCACACAUGAUAUGUUAGAAUGCAGGCUAUGAUUGGACAGCUUGUGAAAGGAUAAUUUGGUGCGGAGCAUUUCCAGAAAGUAGAACCAUAGCUGUGAUUGGCUCAAAUCAGGAAAGGAAUGUGGUUCGAAUUUGAGCAGCCUUUUGUUGGGGAGGAGCAUUGCGUUAUGAGACCAAAACAGCUGUAAUGGAGUAAUGCCAUCUGGGGAUUAUCUCCUCUGCACUUGAGCCAAUACCCUCCAUCAUAUUAAGCCCCGCAGCCCCCCCCAGAGGUACGUUUUAACAAAAACUCUACCCACCCCCCUUUUUGUUGUUGAUUAAAACUGGCUGAGUGUUGAUAUUGACAAAUCAAACAGCUGUGUACAUCCGUAUCACAUUAUGUAUUUGUUGCAAGUGGUGAGAAAAAAGAUGCAUUAAAUGGUGGCCAAAAGCUAUGAAAACAUUAUACAUUGUAAGUUUAAUUCAAGUAAAAGUGUGGAAAAUUGUGGCUCUAAAAUAUAUAUAUGUAUAACUAGCUGAUUAGAUAGAGGGCAAAUUUUGAGACUGACUCAUGCAGUCCAUGCAUACUGAUGGAAUUAGGGCAAAAUAAACAUUUAAACAAAGCAUUCAGAUAGAUUUAUAGCUUUCAAUAUUAAUAACGGCUCUUCAAAUGUCCCAUGUAUUAUGCCCUUGUUGAGCAAUAAAUGAUUUGAUGAUUAAUUUCGUAUUAUAUUUUACCUUAUAAUCACACACAUUCCCAUUAGGGAAGCCAUAAAAUCCCUUGAGAGAGAAAAUGAAGAAUUAAUGAAGGACAAUACUUUGGCUGGAAGUAUGCAGAAUCAAAACAAGGUAUAGUGUAUGCGUGCAACACCAUGAUCACUAUAACAUUUCAGUGUGUAGUGAAGGCAAUAACGCCAAGAAAAGCAAAACAAAUGUCCAGAUUUCAAAAAGGAGAGCAGUGGGUGUGCCUUGUCUUUAUUAUUUCCGACUUUUUUUGUUAUUUAGCAAUUAAUGCAUUCUGCUUUCUUAGGAUAUGAAGAAUAGGCCAUUUUACAGUUGUGUAUGGAAGCGAGGCUGAGGGUGACCUUGUUUUGAUACAAACCUUCCUGCUUUAUUAUGUAAAUCAAGUUAUUCUUAUGCUAACCAGUAUUUUUCAAGAACAAUUUCCAUAACAAAGCAAAGAAGGUUUGUAUCAAAACAAGGUCACCCUCAGCCUCGCUUCCAUCCAUAACUGUAAAAUGGCCUAUUAAGCAGAUCUCGGAGAGUGUUAUAAAGGCCUCGGUGGAUAACACUAUCCGAGAAUUCAUUCCAAAUAAUUCCUAGUUUAAAACAUAGCUACAAAGUGCUUAUACCCGCAUCGAUGUUAAGUUCUUCCUCGAUAGUGUACGUUUAGGUUUGUCCAGCUCCGCAAAUAUUCUCCAAAUAGCAGAUGUCGCCCUCCGAGGUGUCUUCUUGCUGUUUUUGCCAUGUGUUUAGCUAUUAUUUCGCCCAGUUCCAGCUGUAGUUCUUACUCUUGAAACGAGUGAAAUGUUUGCCUUUUUUUUUUUCACAACCAAAACAACUCAACCUCAUCCCCAGGUUGCAUGUUUGACGUCAUUUCCUCGCUAAACACAAAAUUCUUUCAAAUUUGGUCAUCAGUAACUGGUUAUGGUGAAUUAUGCAUGUACUUUGUUGUUAAAAAAAAUUAUUAUUCAUUCAAAAUAUUUCCCCAAUUCUGAUUGGCUUAAAGCACACGCAUAAUUCACCAUGAUUAGUCACUGAUGACCAAAUUUGGAAGAAUUUUGUGUUUAACGAGCAGCCUUCUUGCAGGUUAAUGCACCGUUAACCGAGAAGACCUGGGGACGAGGUUGAGUUGUUUUGGUUGUGAAAACAAAAAUGGCGAACAUUUCACUCGUUCCAAGAGUAAGAACUAGGCGAAAUAAUAGCCAAAAACAUUACAAGAACAGCAACAAGACAACUCGAAGGGCGACAUCUGCUAUUUGGAGAAUAUUUGCGGAGCUGAACAACCCUAAACGUGCGCUAUCGAAGAUGAACUUAACAUCGAUCUGGGCCCAGUUGUUCGAAGGUCGAUUAGCGCUUAACCCAGGGUUAAAUUUAACCCGGGUUUCUCUUUCUUGUGUGCAAAAGCAUUUUCUCGGAUAAUUUUCUCUGUUAUAUUUAGAGCUUUCAAUCACCAACUUGUAGACCAAAAGAAUUAAAACUGAAAUGCUUUUUAAGCUUUCAAAUCUGAAUUCAAAUCUCGCACUAACCCUGGGUUAUCUUAACCCAGCUUUGAACAACUCGGCCCUGAUCAAUGAAGGUAAGCAUGUUUUAGUUAUGCUUUUAAACUAGGAAUUAUUUUGAAUGAAUAAUAAAACAAUUAUUGAAUUCGGCUUUCGUAUGAUAUGAAGAAUUAUAGAGAUCUCGGAGGGUGUUAUCCACCUCGGCCUACGGCCCCAUAAACCGUACAUUUUCUGAAAGCUUAAUAGUUCCAGAUUAUUGCUUAUUCCUUUUAAAAAAUCAAAAUAUUAACGCGAUUCGGAAAUGAGAAGCUUUUUGUGAAAGGGGUUGUCACUGUAAAUUUAAGUCCGGGCCAGUCAAAAAUAAACGGAAGAAGCCAAUUAAGAUCGCAUUCGCUUCUUAUAACACGUUUGACUAAAAAACCGUGUCUCAGAUUUUUGUCAAAUGCGUUUGUUCUUUUGUGGGUUAUAAGCAGUUGAAGUCAGGGAUGACAAAUCACUAGCAGUACCUGUGAAAAAAUACUUUAACUCAAAAACGUGAAAAGAAAUCAAAAUUCGCAGACACGGUUUUUCAGUAAAACUAUCUGACAGUAAGUUGGUCAAAUUUCAGUCAAAUUAGUUCACGGGUUGCCGACUUGGAGAUUAAAACGUACCCUCAACUUGCCCUGAUUUUCAUGUCGAGAAAACAGGAGAAAAAGAGUUUUGGCGGCGUAUUACCCGUGACGAGAUUAUAACACCAAAGCUGUCAAUGUUGAUGCAUAACAGAGAAAGAACAACAAUAGUGACACAGCAGGAAAACGUUACAAACGAAACCCGACAGCAGACAAACAGUUUAUUUCAAAGUCCUUUUCUGUUUUCGAGAAAGCAUCAUUAGUUAUUUGUAGACUGUUCACUGUCUUCUAUUUUUCCGUAAGAUCAUCAAGAUCGAGCGCCUUGCUGCCAUCUUGCAUGAGUGUCAAAACUACUUAGAGGGGCGGGGGCGGUUUGGGAGGAAGCGAGAUUUAUUUUUCUCGCCCCCCCCCCCCCUCCCCCCCUCCUCCCCUCCUAGAGCUAUAAUAGACUUAUUCGGCUAACUAAAUGUUGUACCCAAUUCAAAGCCUUUGGGGAUAAAACGUUUUGUUUCAGGAAUUUCCAUAUCAUUUAAAUGUAAAUGCAACAUUAUCAUGCAAAUACAGUACACAAAGAAUCUUAACCCCGGGCGAUUUGAAUUGGGUACAACAUUGAGUUAGCCGAAUAGGUCUAUCCCUAGCCUGUUCCAGGCGUUCAGACAGUGGGGAGCGGUGCGAAGUAAAAAGGAGUGCGAAAAAAUAAAAGCGAGGGAGGGGGAGAGGUGUUCCCGCACCUCUCUCCCCAGUCCCCCUCUACUUUUCAUCGCUUUCUUUACUUCGCACCGCUCUCCACCAUCUGAACGCUUGGAACAGGCUAGUCUAUCCCCGACGCCCGCCCCCUCGGUACGAUAGCCGUGACGGUAAGACGCGGUAUAUCUAAACGACCUCACGAAAAAACAGGGCACUGUGAACAGUCUGAGUUAUUUGCGACGGGCAGUUUUCAUUUUCGCACCGGAGGGAGAGAAGCGACGGCCGAAAAUACGUCUGCGGUUCGCAGGCUACUCUCCCCCUACAAGAGACUUUCAAAACAGUCCUUCGUCCGAUUUUUAUACGGCGCGGGACCUGUCGCUCGCUUGGCCGCUUCGCCGCUUAAGAGAGGUUAAAAGGCUUGCUCCGCUCGCUAAGAAACUCGUGAAACUCGAUUCCGCGGUAGUUUCAAUAGGUUUUUCAGGAGCUUUGUCAUCUUUCAGCCAUUUUUCUUGAUUGUAGUAGGAGCCCUUGUCGCUCUCUGUUGAAAUUUCGAAGCCCACUCUUUGCAAAACGAUUUUGUCGUCUUCUUUCGUCUUGGAGUCGAGGACGAAAACGGACAAGCUCCUUUUUCUUCUUUGGAGGCAUUCACUUGCAAAAUCCAGGGAAGAACAGUGAGCACUAUGCUUGUAGACCACUUUUUCUGUCAAAUUGCGUGAUUAUAGGCUUGGUUCAACAGCGGCAUGCGUAUCAAGUACGACAGGACUUGCCAACGAUCAAUUAAAAUAAUAAGCAUAGAAAAAACUUUUGCGCUCCAGAAGUCUUCAAAGAAAAAACAUUUUUUCCUAGAAUUGUUUUUAAAACAAAGCUCUUGAUGAGCUCUAUUUAGUCAUCAAAAAUUGCAAAUUUCGAAAAAUGAUGAUUUUUUACCCUGGAUGAUACUUUAAAUCCUUGAAGUUUUAAAAAAAUUAAAGUGCAUGUAGCGUUAGCGUGGGGCAGCAGCCAUAUAAUUAUUGGGGAAUAAUUAUUGAUUUAUUGGACUUAAUUGACAAUGAUUAGUUUUUUUAGCUGUACUUCUGCGUACUGUACAUGUAGCUUAACCCAAAGCUGAAAGGAAAAGCCAGUAGGGUAAACAGGUGGCUAGUAUGCCUUUAGCAUUGCAGUAGCAGUGACUGCCAGGUGCAGUAGACAAUGCAGCAGUUAGUAGAUGGGGUGAAAAUUAUGUGACAUAUGUUUGACUCUUGCAGGAUAGAACAAAUACAGAGAAGCUGAACGGUCUGCUAACAAAGGAAGGUAAUAUUGUAAUUCCUUUUUUGCAAAUUUCAGGGCCGGGAAGAAUUUCAUUUGUAUACAUAUAAACAUGACAAGAAUGCACGGGCAACUCCAGAAAAUACUCAUAAAAUUACUAAAAAAAGAAAUCCAUGUUUAAGUCAGUUUACACUUUUUUCUUCUAACAACUGGGAGUUUACACUCUCUUUUUCUGUUAAAUGUUUCAGUACAAAUAGAAUAAUUUACAAAUUAUUGAGUCAGGUACAAUUGGCUGAUAACUUCUUUGUGAAAUCAGGUUAAAUAUCACGAAAAAUCAGAAAACCAAUCGCACACCAAUCUGUUAAAGUGCUGUGUUCUUUGUCAAUCAAUCAAUACCUUUGUGACAAACUUACGUAGUAGUAGAGGAACCACUAAAUGGAGACACUACUAAUUAAAAUGAGUAAAUAUUGUAACAAUUAAAAUCAAAUUACAACAACAACAACAACAACAGUUUAUUAAAGUAUUCCAUUUACAUACAUGGCAUUACCUAUUCUCUUAAAAAAAAGAAAAGAAUUUAAAUUAAUUCAGUUAAUUAGUUAAGUCACCUUUGAAAUUACAUUAAUUGUCGUGUCUACAAUUCAUAAUCUCAAAAAUAAAAGCAGCAACUGAUUUACAAAUAAAUGGAUCAAUAUUGUUAAAUAGGAACAAACUUUUUGAUUUCACAUCUGAAUCAUUAAAAAAGUUAUAUUUGGUAAUGAUUUCAUCAAAAAAUUUGUUGCGAAGCGUAUCAUACAGAGUGCAAGAUAACAUAACGUGACAUUCAUUUUCAGCUUCAUUGGAUUGACGUAAGGAACAGAUUCUUAAAUGUUAGCUAAUGUUCGGGAGUCUUGGGUACAAUGUAUCUCCCUGUUUCGAUACGGAGUCGAUGAUUUCCUAGGCGAAAUUUAUUAAUAGCAGAUCUACGGAGAGGAUUUUUCAUUGCAUCUAGAAAUUCUGUUCUGUUGGUAUCUCUUUUAAAAGUAUUGUAAAAAUUAUGUUUCCUGUUCAAGGCCAGAAUUAAAAGUUGGUGGCUGAUUGAGGCUUUGGACAGAUUUUAAGCGACACUGGAGAUGAGAGUUUUACCGUUGUUUUCAUUUAGAAUCAUGGAGCGUGAACUGUAUUCAUCACAUAAUGUUUUAAUCUUUUGUGAUAUGCCUGGCUGAUUUUUCUCAACCAUAUCUUUGAAAGUUUAAACACUGCUUUGCGAUAUUAUCGUCUGGCAGGUUUUGUAAAUGGAUCCAAAAUUUUAAAAUAUUAAUAUCUAUGGUUAACUCAAAGAUAACCCUCCGAGUUCAUUUCUGGCAGCAACGUUUGAGCAUCGUUUGUUUACUCCUAGUGACUGUUUACAAAGGAAGAUAUGUGUUUUUUCAAUAAUAUCUUUGUCAUAGAUACCCCAUACCUCUGAACCAUUGAGGAAAAUGGGUUGAAAAAGUGAAUUACAAAGUUUAUUUGUGGUAUCGGAUGGUAUUUUUGAGAAGUCUAGAUAAAGACGAGUUACGCGAGGAUCGCCUUACCUUGUCUUUUAAAUUUGAUUUACAAACUUUGAAAUUUCCAUUGGAUGAAAAAUUGAUUCCAAGAUAAGUGUAAUUGUUGACAAUUUCUAUGUUGUGCCUAUUGAUAGGAAAACAGUGUUUAUUAAUUAUAUAAGAGUCGACUUCCUAUAUUUCUUUUCGAAGAUCAUAAUUUUAGUUUUCUUUGGAUUCACCGAUUAAAGCCAAUGUUCACAAUACCCUGAAAGAAUGGAGAGAGCAUUUUCUAGUCCUUCAGCCGACUGAGAGAUCAAGACUAAAUCAAGGGAAGAAAUCACUCUGAAGUAUUAGGUUGAAUAACUUGAAAAGGGUAACGUUCCAAAAUUUUGUACCAGUUUUUAACAUUUCAUUGCGGAUUUUGUCAGAGGUUUCAGUGAUUUCGCCAUGUUUUCUAUUUGAGAAAUUGAAGUAGGGCUAUCUAGAACGUUGUGGAUGUCUUUUGUUUGUUCUAAAUUAGAAAGAUUUUCCUUGAACGAGAUUUGGUCUAACGGAAGGGAGGAGGGGUUUGAGUGUGAGUGUAAUUGUUUAUAGCCUGUGUACAGACGUCCCCACUCCCUCAGGAAAAAUCGGGAGAUUGUUUAAAAUGCUUAAAAAGAUUGUCAACUGGAAUAUCUUGAUUAUUUGAGGGGAAGGUUGGAUUUUCUUUGAGAGUUUUGAGAAAGUCCAGAAACUUUGUUUGUCUUUGUUCUGGGUAAGGUCGUCAAUUUGAGAGUGAAAGAGUUUCAAUUUUUUGUGCUUACCGUAAUCAGUUUUUUAAAAUUUUUCUUUGCGGAGUGGUAAUCAUGUCUGAGGUUUAAAUCAAAUGGAUUUCUAUGCUUUUUAUUAAAAAAGUAAAUUUAGCUGUUUUCUUAAGAGAUGCACAGUCCGAAUCAAACCACUUUUUAUGAACUUUUGUUUUAUUUUUUUCUUUGCUAGUCUAAGGGACUGGGUACAAAUAUCAUUUAUGAUAUCUGUGAAUUGUUCUGUAGCUAAAUUUACACCUUCACUAUCAGUAGUAAAGGUGGUUGUUUCAAAUUGAGAUAAACGUCAGAGUAAAUCAUCUCGUUUUAGAACGUUUAUAAACUUUUCUUUUGAAUCUUCAUUCCAGAUGAAUUGUUUUGGAAGAUAAAAUGUUUGUACUUGAGGUUCAAAAAAUGGUGGGGCAGAUGCUGUCGCAGAGAUGGUUGCCCAGCAAAUGAGUUGAGGAUGAUCUGAGAAAAUUGUUGGUUCCUAACUACGAGGUUUUCACACAUGUUUAUUAAUUCUUGGCGUACAAUGAAAUAAUCAACAGUACUAAUGCCUUUGGGGGAGUGAAAAGUUAUUUUUCCAAAAGAGUCCCCUGUUGUUCUUCGGUUUAAAAUUCUGUAGGUUACGCAUGGUACACAGACAAAUAAAUAUGAUCAUGAUAAGUAUAACUCUUACACUGUUGGUGACUUCAUAGCGACACCUGGCUGUAGUAAUUUAAGGUACUCUUCUUUGUUUGUUAAAGAUGAGUUAAAGGUGCAGCUGGAUGAUGUGAAUCAAGACAUAAGAACCCUAGAUGAACAGGUAAGAUUUGGGUUUUAAUUAAAGGUAUUUUAAUAUUAUUUUGGGAAUAUCAUACUAGAGCAAAUACAAAAAGAAACACCCACCAAACCUCAUUUAUAUUCUCUCAAUCGCAACAAAAUGAUGAUCUCAUAACCUGAACUAAAUAUCAGACGUAGUUAAUCGAUUAAAAUCGAUAUUGGAAAUCAAUCGAUUUAAUCCACCAAUUGCAAUUAAAAUCGAUUUAUAUCGGAAAUCGAUAGAAAUCGAAGUCACAGAAAAAAUAAUUUAUCGAAUAUUAUGGAUUAACAAAAUCGAUAACAAUCGAUAGAAAGUCAUUGUCGAUUUCUAUAUCGGAAAUUGAUAUGUUUAAAUCGACGUCACUUUUUUUCUUUAUCGAUUUCUAUCGAUUGAUAUCGGAAAUCGAAAUUCAUCGAUGACUGAUAUCGAUUACUAUCGAUUAUUAUCGAGGCCUAGGAACUAGGCAAGGAGAACCCUGGGAAGGAGAUUGUCACGUGCACGUUCGCCUCGAAAGCAACACUUCCUGUCGAUUCUAUCAGCUCGGUAGGUUAUGUAUACCAGUAUCUCGAUCAUAAGGAGUGGACGGUUUAAAUUUCCAGUAACAUGACAAGAGAGCGUUGCUGAUAAAUCGCGCGUUUGGCGUGGUAUUGUUUAUACCCCAAACUUCGCGCCGCCAGUAGCGAGGUAGCCUGCAAAUGCAGAUGUGUUUCCUGUUGUCGCUUCUCUCCACUUUUCGGGUGGAGAGAAGACCGGAAAUAAAUCUCCCCUUGCAGACAAGUAGCAAGGAGUGGAAGUAUGUGUUGGAAAUAGUACGCAUUUUGUAACGCAACGAGCACUCCAUUGCGUGAUUUUAAGGGAAAUGACACGAAAUUGUAAUUAUCGCUAGAGUUUGCACGCGAUGGAUUAAACCGGAUAUCAAUGACUGCAUGACAUGAUUUUAUAUUGACAGAUAAAUGCUUAGUUGUAUUCCAUAAUCUAUAGCUGAGGCAUAUAACAGAGUCAUUGUUUCUCAUAUGUAUUGCGUGUUGCUGAAACCUUAGAACUGUAUUUGCUGAAUUUAGGAUAAGUGAUAGUAGAAGAAAGGGCGGAUUGUGGAAUGUUGUUGUUGAGUGUAUGACUGUAUAACGUGUACGUCGAAGGUGAAAAGUUGGGAAUAAAAUAUACAGUCCUCUUAUUGUGAAUGUUGUGAAUGUGGAUAUUCCCGAACAGUAUGGAUUGUAGUCUGCUCGCUGAAAAUCCAGCUAAUUAUGCAUAGGGGUGGAAAAAUCCUAAGACGGUAAGGCCUUUUCUUGACUGAAAUUUCUGUAAAUGUCAAGUAUCAUGCUCAAGGUUAUGCUUUGACUCGAAAAUGAAAUUGAAUACUGUUGCUUAUGAUGUUAUUGUGGCUUCUUACUUGGUUUUUGCUGAAACGUUAUUUGCAUUAGUAGUGUAUACAUGUGAGAAGUGUUAACUUCUGCUAUAUCCUGCAGUUAAAUUCUCAUUUUUAAUUGGGAAUUCGCAGCAAGACCGUUAUUUUUAAAUGUGUGACCUGGUCUAGCUUACAACACUUGUUUACUCAAACAAGUAUUUCAAACAUAGCAUAAAUCUUGCUUAGUUCUCGGUAAUCUUUUCGCUUAAAAUGAAUUGCAUACAUGGACUCAUAGCGGGUAAUCAAAUUGAUCAUGGAAAUUGUUUAUCAAGGCGUUGAAAUGUACAACCUGUGCCUUCUUCUGCUUUGCGAGCAGUUCGGUUCUCUUCUACUGGUAGUAGCCUUUAUCACAGACGAAACUAAACUCUGGUUACUAACCGGGGUUAAAUUAUUACCACUACAGCCUGCGUAGCAGGUAGUUGUUUGGUGUGUUUUUUGUUUGUAGCUGAGAUACAGCGACGCAAAAGCUUUAAGGUCUGUAGGAGGGUCAAGAGGAUUUUCUAAACAAAUAUCCAUGGGUUUCUUAUAGUUUUUACUAUGAUUUUGCAGAUAAGAGUCACUGAGAAGAAGAUUAAACAACAAAGAAAAAAUAUGGGAGGGUAAGUGUGAAAUUUUCUCAUCUUAAUAGUUCCUCUUGGCAGUAUGGCGAAUUGGUGAUGAGCAUGAAAGUGAAUUGAACCUAUCAUAACCACUUAAUUUCCGAGUUAAUUCAUAGUGAUGGAUGCGAAAGGUUAUCUGAAUGUUAAUGACUUACGGAAAAUUUGGAAGGAAGAAUUUUUACCUAGUAUUAAGCGUGAAUUGAAAAGCGACCUCGAAGCACUCAGAACAAGCAUUAAGACCUUGACAGCACGUGAUAACGGGAUAGAGAAAUCUCUGUCCUUUAUAUCGGAAAAGUACGAGUCUGUUCUAAAAACGCUAAAGUCGUUGAACCAAACGACAAACACGCUGGGGAAAAAGCAUGCGCAGCUGACAAAGAUCGCCGACAGCUUGGCCGAGCGAGCCAACCGUGUGGAGCAGGCAGUCAGAAUUGAUGGUGCAAUCGACGAAGUCCAACAAUACUCUCGAAGAGACUGUCUGGAAAUAACGGGCAUUCCAAUACUGCCGGAGGAAAGUCCAAAGCAGCUUAUCAAAGAAAUUGGUACUUUUAUUGAUGUAAAUGUUGAUGACGUUCACCUAGCAGCUGAGUUCACCGGCUUCCGGACACCAAGAGUGUUAAGCAUCGGUUGAUUGUCAAGUUCGUACAUAGUGAUAAAAGAGAAGAAAUGUAAAAGAAACCCAGGAAUCUAAUUGGAAAGAAUAUUAACAACUUGCCGCCCGUACAAGCCGCAAUGGGUCUCGCUGCUACAAGCAACAAUAAAAUCCACAUCAAUGAAUCUCUCACUUCAAGGGAAAGAACAAUUAUAAAUACCUAUGGACUGCAAGUGGAAAGAUCAUGCUGAAGGCUCAUGAUUCUUCAGAAACCAAAUCGUUUGUUACACAUGAGGAAUUCGAAGACUACAUCGAACAGAUAAGCAAUAACUCGUAAUUCUUUUUUUCUUCCCUACACUUACGUGCCCUAUAAUAAUAUCUAACCUGUAGACACAUACGUGUUCAACCUCAAUCAUCCCCAAAAUAGCCUGCAAGCUUUACCUUUUCAUGACCUGGAUGGCAGAGAAUUUUAUAUUCCAGAUGGAUCCUGUCACUUGCAGAUAGAUAAUUUAAAAGAUUUAGAUUUAUAUAAUUUGCUACCCAACCCUGAUAAAUCUGAUGAUGCUGACCCUGACCAUAUAAUAAUUAACCCUCAAUCUGAUUACUAUGAUAUUUCCAGUUUGAAUAAGGCUCUAAGUAAAUCAGGAGCGAAAUCCUUCUCAUUUCUUCAUUGUAAUAUUAGAAGCCUGUCAAAAAAUAUUGGCUUGCUUGAAGAUAUGCUGUAUUCUUUAAGUGAACAGCCUGAUGUAUUAGGAGUUUCUGAAACCAGGCUAAAUGCAAAUACCACUUUUAAGACUGAGUUGAUUAACUAUAACAUCUACCAAGCUGAUUCUCCCACCCCGGCGGGAGGGGUUGCUCUUUAUUUCAGUAAAGCUUUAACAUCAUUUCCAAGGUCAGAUAUAACUUUGGAUAUGCCCCUUGUGGAAUCUGUUUGGGCUGAAAUAGCUACUCCCAAAAACCAAAAACCCAUCUUGGUUGGCUGUAUCUACAAACAUCCAGGUGCGAAUAUUGAUUAAUUUAAUGGGAAACUUGACGAAAUAAUGAAGCUAUUUAACCCAGACAAGUACCAAUUGUAUAUCCUUGGUGAUAUGAAUAUAGACUUUUUUAAUAUGAAUAUAGAAUAUUUAACAGUUAAUGAAUGAGGCUGAGUAUCUUAUGAAGAAUUAUGGAGAUCGAGGAGGGUGUUACGGCCGAGGCGGAUAACACCCUCCGAGAUCUUCAUAAUUCUUCAUGAUACGAAAGCCGAAUUCAAUAAUUGUUUUAUUAUUCGUUCAAAAUAAUUCCUAGUUUAAAAACAUAGCUAAAACAUGCUUACCUCCGUCGAUCCAUCGAUGUUCAGUUCAUCUUCGAUAGUGUACGUUUAGGUUUGUCCAGCUCCGCAAAUAUUCUCCAAAUAGCAGAUGUCGCCCUUCGAGUUGUCUUCUUGCUGUUCUUGCCAUGUCUUUAGCUAUUUUUUCGUCUAGUUCUUACUCUUGAAACGAGUGAAAUGUCCGUCAUUUUUUCAAGUUCACAACCAAAACAACUCAACCUCGUCCCCAGGUCUUCUCGGUUAACGGUGCCUUAACCUGCGAAAACGCUGCAUUGUUGGCGUCAUUUCCUCGUUAAAGUCAAAUUUCUUCCAAAUUUGGUCAUCAGUAACUAGUUAUGGUGAAUUAAACGUGUGCUUUUAGCCAAUCAGAAUCGGGGAAAUAUUUUCAAUGAAUAAUAAUAAAGACUUUUUUAAAUAGUCACCCACCUACAGAGGCUUACCUUGACAUGCUGUAUUCCAAUAAUUUAUUACCAAUUAUUACUAAACCAACACGUCUGACCUAUCAUUCAGCUACAUUAAUUGAUCAUAUCUAUACCAACAGUACAUCCAAAAUUGUCUCUGGGAUUGUAAUGGUGGAUAUCUCUGAUCCCCUCCCAGUUGUCUGUGUUACAAAUAUACCAGUUAAGAAACACAACCCUAUUAAGUAUUAUAGAGAUUACAGCAAUUUUGAUGAAGAAUCUUACUUACAGGAUAUCAAUGCAGUCAACUGGAAUGCUAUCUAUAGUAAUGAUCUGCAUGAGACAGCUACUAAAAUAACUGACCUGAUUAAAUCAGUUUCUGAUAAACAUGCACCAAUUAGGCAAUUGUCCCAAAAGAAACAGAAAUUGUGUACUAAGCUGUGGAUAACUAAUGGCAUUCUUAAAUCAAACAAAACUAAGCCUAAAUUAUACAAUACACACUUUCUUUCUAACAAUCCAAUUAAGGUGACGGAAUAUAAAAGACCUACUUUUCACAACACUUUGACCUAUGUAAAAACAACCUGAAGGUAUCUUGGAAAUUGAUUGGUAUGCUAGUUAAGCGCAACUCAAAGGGACAAACCCCCAUCUCGAAAAUUAAACGUAACAAUAGAGCUCACACUAAUAAGGCUGAGAUCGCUGAUCAAUUUAAUAAGCAUUUUGUCAAUGUGGGUCAAAACCUGGCCAAAAGAAUUGAAAAUUGUGAUGAAAGUCCGACCCAAUUCAUAAGAUUGACUCCAGUAGCUACAGUAGCUUUGUCAUGUCCUGUGUCACUGAAACCGAAGUGUGUUCGCUGUUCAAAGGUUUAAAUGAUCAUAAGUCAUCCUUAGAUAUUCCUUUGAGUAAUAAAUUAAUUAAAAUAGCUGCCCAGCCAUUGUCAAUACCUUUAACAUAUAUCUAUAACAAGUCUAUUGAAACUGGAAUUGUUCCUGAUAUUUUAAAAGUCUCACAAAUUUCGCCAGUGUAUAAGGGUGGUGAUGCUACAGACCCUAGCAACUAUCGGCGCAUAGCAACUCUCUCACCUUUUAGUAAAGUGCUCGAGCGUCUAGUCUAUAAUCAGUUAUAUUCGUUCAUAGAUAAACAUCAAAUCUUGUACAAAUAUCAGUUUGGAUUUAGGAAAGGAUAUUCCACAGAACAAGCUAUUCUUGAAAUCACUGACAAUCUGAAGCUAGCUACUGACAAAGGUCAAAUAACAUGUGGUUUAUUUCUCGACCUAUCAAAGACAUUUGACAUAGUAAAUCAUAAAAUACUGCUCUCUAAACUAUAUCUGUAUGGAAUUCGGGUUACACCACAUAAUUGGUUUGAAAGUUAUUUGCACAAUCGAAGACAAUAUGUUAAAAUUGACUCUACUAAAUUUAGCUAUAAAAUAUUACCUGCGGUAUACCCCAAGGCUCCACUCUAGGUCCUCUUUUAUUUUUGCACUAUGUGAACGACCAAGAGCUGAAUCUUCCGGAAGUCAACCAGGUUACCGGAAACUGUUUCCGCAUGGUCCGCAUAGUUCUAAAAAUAACUUUUUUGGAAUCAAGAUAUCCCAAAGGCGUGACUGGGAGUGUCCCUCUCUGUCCUAUUAUGGCUCUUGACGUAGAACGUGACCAACGCGUGAACAUGAUGAGAAAAGUCAAAAGCAGCUGUCUUCCCUGCCUGUAGCAGCUAACUGAAUUUUCGCAUCCGAGGUCAGUUUGAAAUCAAAAUUUUAAUUGUGCGGCUCAUAAACACAACAUAUUUCAUAUGAAUUUUUUAAAAAAAAAAUUAAACUUGAGCCUGCGAUCAUUUGAAAACCAGUACCUUGUCAGCGGAUAACUUCAAAAAAUACUUGAUAAAUCUGAUGAUGCUGACCCUGAUCAUAUAUUAAUUAACCCUCAAUCUGAUUACUUUUUUAACCCGCGAUCAUUUGAAAACCAGUACCUUGUCAGCGGAAAACUUCAAAAAAAUACUUGACCUCGAUGGGUCGACACGCUCAAGUGAUACUGGUCAGCGCAUACCUUGUUUUGACAGCUGUCAAUUGAUCACAACAUUGAUGUCCAAUAUGUGUAUCGGUUUUCCUGUGCUCCGAUCGCAAACUAGCUAAAAAGUAUGAGAUUGAACAUUGAUCGCUAUCUAGUAAAACAAUUAACUGGUCAGCGGACAGCUUCCAAAUAAAUCACGUUACCUCAAUGACUUGACACAUGAGCCCGCGAUAUGGUCAUGGGAUACUGGUCAGUGGCUAUCCUGUUUUGACAGUUGUCAAUUGACCAUAUUGUGAGUGUCAUAUAAUAUAGAUUUAGCCACAGCUAAAAGCGAAGCUCCCAUUGAUAAAUUUAUAACUUAAAUCAAACAAUAAUUUUGUAUUCCACAAAUUAGUUAACUUAAGGGCACAUUCAUGUGACUUUUGAGAAAUCGGAUAGACCGAUUGCAAAUAUGGCGACGAUUUCACCAAAGCGAGGCUUUUCGGUAGCAACCGUUGCUAAGGGCUGGUUGCUGUGUUUACCCGUGCCGUUGCUGGAAAGACUGCAGCUUCUCAGACGUCUUUUCCUUUAAAUUCGACAAAAAUAAGUCAAUUUUCUUCGCUGAAAGGUUUAAAUCUGGUAUACACGCUUUGGAUACUGUUUUUCUAUGCUAAAUUGAACGAUCAACUGACGCACAGCGAUCACAGACAGAGUCAUUUGUAGCGAUCGCGAUACUUUGACUGCCUGAUAUUUUUCAUUCAUUGUAUUUAAGGUUCACAUGUAAUUAUCAUUCUAAAAGCUGAUCUUCAAUUUUUAGAAGUUGAUUGCAUGCCAUUUUUGCUGUACAUUUGUAAAUAGUAUCAUGCCGGAUAGUUGUUGCGUGCCUUUGUGCUGCAAGAGUGGUUAUCGUGUAGGGCCGGAUGGGAAAAAGAUCACGUAUCAUUGCCUUCCAUCGGAUGCUGUAAGACUGAAGAUACUACUGUCAAUAUUAUCGUUUAUUAAACCUAUCGUUUCAGAUUUCUGAUAUUUCUCGAUACGACAUAUAUUUCAGGAGUGGCUUGUAAAAAUUCGACGAGACGUAUCUCCAGCAUUUCAGAUAACCGAACGAACCAAAAUCUGCUCCUUGCAUUUCAAGAUAAUUGAUUUUCGUGUAACCUUGACUGGUCGUCGAUAUUUAAAGGACGAUGCUAUUCCCUCUAUCUUUUCAUGGUCGGCAGCAUCCCCUAAGCGAAAAUCACCACGUAAGAGGUCACCAAGCGAUUCCGUAGCUCAUGAUCAGAAGCCAUCCUGCAGUAGCAAAAAUGACCGCAACUCGGAAAGUGAUGUGGAUCAAAUCAGCCAGUUACGUGCGCACAUUGCUCAACUUGAACAAGAAAAGAAUAUGCUCCAACUUCACCAUAAACAUCUUUCGAAAACUGUCGAUGAACUUCUCGCAAACCAGUUUGGAAUAACAAAAUUUAUGGGUGAAGACUCGGACAUCAACUUUUACACCGGCUUCCCAAAUUAUCAAACACUACUGGCUUGCUACAAUUUCCUAAAUCCAGGGGAAAAUGGUGAGAACAUUGUUGACAUCACUAGUGCGAACGACGAGUUAGAGUUGCCGGCGUUUCCAACCAAUGAGAUUAACCGGGGAAACAAACCCGGCAGACGUCGGAAACUAAGUACUCUGGACGAGUUUUUUAUCGUCCUUGUCAGAAUGAGGCUUGGAUUAUUUGAACUUGAUUUGGCCCAUAGGUUCAGGGUACAUGUAUCUACAAUUAACAGAAUUUGCAUAUCCUGGAUCAAUUUUCUGUACUUAAAAUUCGGUCACCUCAACAUUUGGCCAGACAGAGAGACAAUAGAUAAAGCAAUGCCCCAGUCUUUCAAGGAUAAGUACCCCAAAACAAGGGUUAUUAUUGAUGGGACAGAAAUCAAAUGUCAAACCCCUUCCUCUUUGGUUCUGCAUAGUGAAACUUUCUCUACGUACAAGAGUCAUACGACAUUUAAAGGUUUGAUUGGCAUUGCACCGAGUGGCCAUAUAACAUUCAUUUCGCAACUUUAUGCUGGGAGCAUUUCAGAUAGAGAGUUAACUGUCAGGUCGGGGCUACUCAGCUUACCUUUUUCUCUUGGUGAUGUAGUAAUGGCUGACAAAAGCUUCACUAUUUCAGAUCUUCUGGAGCCCAUUGUUGUUGGCUUGAAUAUCCCCCCAUUUCUUGGUUUAAGAAGUCAACAGACCCCUUCAGAAGUUAUUGCGACUCAGGAAAUUGCGUCCGAGCGUAUUCACGUGGAAAGAGCGAUAAACAAAGUAAAGAAUUUCCAAAUUUUUAAUCAAGUCAUUCCACUGUCGUUAGCUGGUAGUCUAAAGCAAAUGUGGACUGUUUGUGCUGUGCUGACAAACAUGCAAAAUCCAACUAUUUCAUAACAUGUAUUGUAAAGAGGUGUACAAGUACAGGUACACUAAUGAAAACUCAAGUUGAGUUAUUGUCUAGGGGAGAACGUACACAGGAAUACUUGCUAUUAAACGGUAUAAGUUUAGUAUACAAAAAUUGUUUGCAAAUAUUUCGCUGCAUUUAAAUAGUUCAGAUCAAGAUUCUUGUCAAAAAUUAAGUCGACCUAUUAUUUAGCACGUGCUGAUACUGCCUGUAGCUGUUGUAGUAGCAGUUAAAACGGUGCACGCUGUUGUUACAGCACAUGCUCCGGCUGGCACUGCUUGUGCCUUGAAAUAUGCAGUAUAGUGCUUAAAGAAAAAUUGUUCCAAUUUCAACAACAUAGAAGCAAAAAAUUCAGGAUCAAAAUAAAUACGUUCAAUGACCAUCCCCUUGAAUGUAUAAGUGACAAAGUCACACCACUUAGCCCCUGUAAUUCCCAUUUGCCCCUGAACCUGAUAAUAAUAUUUGUGCGUCGUCUUAAGCGAUGGAAAGCCAUCCUUUUUUUCAAGAUGAAAUUGACUGUCACCGGCACAUGCUGUCUCAGGAGUGACAUUCCUGUGUUUGUACGGACAUUUAAUUUCAAUGAUCCCGUAUGGGCGAUUCUCUGUUACGUCAAUAACCUUCCCAUCAGGUGAGCAACCGAGGAAGGGGAAGGCAGGGUUUACAACAAAGCCUGAUGGAAAGGUCUUUACGGGAUGUCCACUGUUUACAAGGUAAUUCUCAUACUGUUUCAGGGCCCUGCUUUCAUUUUCAAUGCCAUGCUUUAGGGGAGCUGGUACACUUCUUGAGUCGACAGGCGCAUUUUGAUCGCUAACAAGGCCUUUCAGAAACGGGCUGGUAAUCGAUUUUCGACUUAAAAUUUCUCCAAAUGUCUACGCUGUCAAUCUUGGUUUCCUUUCAGUCCACCAGCGGCUACUGUUUCGUUGUGACUGUGUCGCCCUUUCAAGAUCUGCAGCAUUCUCUUCAUUGAUUCUUAGUGAGUCAUAAAAUUGAUUAUGUUCUGAAGAGCACUGAGUGACUAUGAACAAGGGGGAAACCAAAGGUAACGGGAAAGAAGGGUAAAUUGUUCUAGGGACAUCUUCACUGCUAGCCGGUUGCUUAGAUAAGUCUACAUUACACGUCACUUUAAAGUUUCCUUCAGUGGGUGCCAUUUGAUAACUGAGAUACCCUCCCAAGGGUGCAAGACCAGCCCUGGUAAGUACCUUCUCACUUCCAGCAUUCAUGUACAAACUGAGGCCAAAGUUCUUGUUGACCUUCUUUAAAUCAUCCUUAAAGCUCUCAAUCUCUGCAUUAGUUGGGGCUGCCUUGAUUGCAGGAUACAGUGAACAAGUAAUACCAGGGGACACAGAAACUGAGGUACUCUCACCUGUACAUGUCGUGCCUAACUUAGGUUUUUUGAAAAUUAUUUCCAUCAAAGGCUCCGAUGAUAUAUUUUUCCCUCUAGGCCUAUGCCACUGCUGUGGAAGGGAGGUGCAAACCAAGUCAUCGGGGAUCAUUUUAGCUUUUGUCAUGGAAUAGUGGGAAACUAGAUACAUUAGGCCUACGGCAUGAUUACAAAACCCCAAAGAUCCAGCGACACAGGUGCAGGAUGAAGCAAGUACAUCGUAAGGUUGCUCUGUUGAGAUCGCUAAUCUUAUUUUAUGUGGGGGUUCACUUUUCCGUAGACUUCGGUAGCAAAGGGCUCUGAAAUAAAAGGUUUUGCUCUCUUUGUGAUUCUUGGCCCCGACGUUAUGAAGGUAACCUUCAAUAAAAAAAAUUGACACCACGUUCAAAAGGCUUCAUUACCAUGUAGUCCGGGGAAUGCUGAAUGUUUUUACCGGAGUUUCGGACAUAUUUCACAAUGGUAUUAUACGUGAAUGGAGGAAGAUCGUCCAGUAGUUGAUCCAUAUUCUUCUCAGAGGGACAAAAUCUAAACUUUUCCUCAUUCUCCCUAACAAGAUCUGAGUCGCUCUUUUUACUUCGAGCACGAAGUGCAGCGGCGGUCGCUUGAUUAUUUUGAUCAUUUUGCCCGCGAUCAUCUGUACACAUUUGAAGUACUUCCUUCACUCUGCACAAAAAAAUCAACAAGGGACGCUAAUUUUAAACUUGCAAUCACUUAGACAGAAAAAAAUAAUGAGACAAAAGACAAAGGUACAUUUAAUGGUUUUCAAGUCAGUGUCAAGUGUAUUUAAUCAUAUAAAACACAGGGUUAAAAACGCUGCCGGCUUACUUUGCAACAAGUUGGGCCUUCACUGUUAAUCCUUUCAGGCUCACUUUCUUCCUUACGAGAAUUUCUUUUAAUUCCUUCACAUGCAUCUUUUCCACAGGCCUAUCCAUUAUGAACUUAAUACUGUUCGGUAAAAAGAACAUACAGUGAAACUGAGUCUAAAACAUUUUCAAGAAGUUCAAGUUCAAAGUCGGAAAUGAGUACAUCGUACCCGUGAUUUUUCCUGUCAUCUACUUUCCGAUUUGAAUAAUAUAGGCAAAGUAAAAAGCACUGACCUUUAUUUUAACACAACAAACCGAAGAUGACUUCUUCUUGAAAGUUUUUUAUUGUUUCCAGAGUGAAAAAACAACAAGAUAGUAACGGACUUGCAUUAUCAUGAAUAAGAGAACACUCUUGAUAGCAGCUCUAUUUCAUUUUGUACAUCCAGUGGAAAAAGACAGUUAAAAACAUCACAAGUUGACUCGAAACUCUGUCAGCUUCUGCUGUCAAAGUAAACAACUUUCAAGAUGCUGCAUAAAUUUUUGCGCAUGAAGUCACCCGUCAAAUUUUAACUAAUCAGAGCAUAAAAAUUGGACGUGGAGCGUGACCAACACCUAACCAGGGUAAGAAAAGGCCUUUUUCGCCUGUAUUUUACAAAAACUGGCUGAAUUUUUGCGUCUGAGGUCAGUUUGAAAUCAAAAUCGUAAUAGUGCGGGGCGAAACUGACAUAAACACAACAUGUUUGCUUUGAAUUUUAAAAAGGUAAACGUGAGCCUGCGAUCAUUUGAAAACGAGUAAAUUGUCAGCGGAUAACUUCAAAAAAUACUUGACGUUGAUGGGUCGACACCUGAGCCCGCGAUACGGUCAGGUGAUACUGGUCAGCGGAUACCCUGUUUUGACAGCUGUCAAUUUAUGACAACAUUGAUGUGCAAUCAGCUUUCCCCUGGGCUCCUAAGUAGCUAGAAAGUGUGAGAGUAAACAUUGGUAUGCCUGUGGUGCGGACGGACGGUCGCUCGGUCGGUCGAUCACGUGAUGACCAAAUUUUCUGGGAUGGGUAGAUUUAUUUAACCAUGGUGCUCCGCUGGCGCGCAGAGCUCCGCUAUAAAAGAUGAGGACUUGCCAAGACACGCCUGAGACACCCCUCGCUUCCUUUUGAUAGUCUCCCCUACCCUACCCGUACAAUCUGUAGACGCGUACGUACGUACGUACGUACGCUCGGUCAGUCACGUGACAACCAAGCGAAAAGAGGUUGACCAUAUUCCAUGAGUAUGAGGCUCUGUCCCACGCGAGCUUCGCGCGCGGGGGAGCCCCGCUAAUAUAUCCCUAUUAGAGUUACGGUAUUCUUGCUUGGAGAUGUGCCAGCAAAACCAGAUUAGAUUGUCUUCGUAUUAAGCAUAACAAAUGUCUCCGCACCAUCUUCUUUUUACAUCCUAGAGAGAGUACUGCUCCCUAUUUCAAACUCCUAAUAAUCCUUAAAUUAGAUAAUAUAUAUAAAUUAAAAAUGUUGCUUUAUACAUAGAAUGAGAAAUGAGACUGAUAGCAUUCCAGAUAUUUUCCUUGAUGUCCUGACUCCAGCAUCGCGUAUACACAAUCAUAAUACAAGAUUUGUCAGUAAGCUGAAUUAUUUUAGGCCAAGAGUAUCCACCAACUUAGGUAAGAAGUCCUUUAAAUUCUCCGCUCCAAAAAUCUGGGAGACUGUACCGCCUGGUCUCAAGUGUCUACCAUAUCAAAAGUUUAAGAAAGAAUGGAAGUCCUAUCUUCUAACCAACCAAAUCUUACCUUGCUUAUAUGUUCUAUCACUGAUACUAUCUAAGAUUUUAUUCCUCUCUUUACUGCUGCCGAUUAUUUGAACAUGACGGUGUCCAACAAGAAAGCUCUUGCUACUUUGGACACUGUACACAAAUGAACUUAAUGUCUUUUAGGUAAUUACUAUUUGUCAGCUACUUUAUUUCUACCUACGUGCACUUAUGUAAAUAUCUUAUAUAGUGGGAAAUAAAGAAUUGAAUUGAAUUGGCUUUCUACAGUUAUUGUUUGCUUGUUGCUUCCUUAAAAUGUUGAAUCGCCAGCAUGUGUAUUCAGGUUUUUUACGUGAUCUAAAUAAUAUAAGUAAAAAUAGUGCAAAAAUACUUUGGUGGAAAUUGUUCAAACUUAAAGCUUGUGGUAUCCGGGGAGGGGGGGACCAAAACCCAAAAUCCCGCAAAAAAAUACCAUGCCGAGUUCCUUAAAAAUUUCCAGAAAGCAUAAAAUGAUAUAAUACGAAAAAUAAAAACAAUAGAAAUUGAAUGUUUGUGUUUGUUUAUUCAUCAUACCAUCUGAAGUUAUCUUUUCCGCAUCUGGUCAUUUUAACAACACUCCAGACACCCAAGACAAGUUUGGUUGUACUUGGGAUAGGCCGUACCGGAUACGCCUGACACUACUUCAAAUACGCCGUACCGGUCUACGCCUGGCACUACCUCAAAUAUUCAGAAUUGUUUUGAAUACCAAAAACAAUCCUUCUUAAAUCAAGCCACCCCCCAAAAAAAAAAAAAAAAAAGAUUCCUUGAACCGAAAAUUUCAAACCCCCCAAAACCCUUCGAUCAUCCCCAUCACCCUGGGUGUGGUAUUGUGUUUGAACUCUCACCCUAUUCAUGUUUUUAUCGCUACACUCCACUUAUACUGUUCACACAAUUUUAUUAUUUCUGCUUUCGAGAGCCUGGGUUGGGAUUUUUAUGCUUCUUAUGAUGAAAAUUUAAAUUCCUUGGCAUUUUUUAAGUUUUCUUUAUCAUGUUGUUUUUGCAGCGUUCACAACAGUCAUCAGCAAAAUAAACGAACGCAGAAAUACAUCAGAGUUCUUGAAAACCGGCUAGAUAAGGUAACAUUUAGAUACAUAUCUUCAGGAUAAUCGAGUAACCGUAAGUGGCCCGGUGCUAUGUCUGCACUAAUGGGUUUUAUAAAGUUUUAUUGUGCAAAAAUGUUUAAACAUUACACAAUUUUGAACCAUCCACACGGAAAGCCUGCAAAAAUUACAUAAUUUUCAAUUGAUAUUUAAUUAAAUUAGAUAAGCGUCUCUUUAAAUUUAAAUACAGACGACACCAUUAAAGUACUUAGUAAUAUUACAUUACUGGAGAUCUGCUGCUUUGAUGCCUUUUCUGUACGUUUCCAUAAUCUAAACUAAGAUAAAUAGUGCUGUAGUUAUUGCGACUUUGCUAUACACAUUUUCAUGUAUAUAGCAAAGUUAUUAUCAGUUAUUAUCAGGGUAAAAGUACUAUUUAUCCAUGGGAAUUUAUCAGUGAUUAAUUACAAUUUGGAAAAUUUUUGUGACAUACGUAUGCCGCGUUGCCCUCUUUAACAUUGUAAUUGCUUUAUGUGAGUUGAAAAGAAAACAAAAGAAAAAAGAUCAUCAACUAUUUUAACUGUAUUUAAGAUUAUCUCAGGUGGCUGACUGCAUCUUGCAUGCCAUUCUUCUUCAGGCAAAUAUUGACUUCAACACUUUCUUGUCGGAAAAUGGUAAACUGCGAGAAACUUUUGACCAUAUGCGCCUAGAAAAGAAGACUUUUGACACCAUUCGAUUGAAGUUAGAGAGAGAAUUAGUUGAGAACAAGCAAAAGAUCAUGGAGGGUAUUGAAACAUCAACUACAGCUUACGAGGCCCGGUAAAGUAGUAGUAAAGUAUGUUGUAGGUCAAAAUGAAGUCCAGGUUCUAAUAUUAUUUUACCUUAAUGUUGAUUCUUAAUUUCCUUUGAGUCGUAGCCCUCAUUUAGAAAUAAUUAGAGCUACAAGAUAAAGGCAGGGGAUAAAGGAAAUUAAGAAUCAACCUUGGUUGAAAAAAAAAAAUUAAACCUGAAUUUAAUUUUCAUGAAUAUUGUUACCAUAAUUAUAGACUGAAAAACAAGCCAAGUUAAUGUCUUUUGAUAGUUUGUUUUAAUGUGUAGCUUUUACACCCACUCCUGGCAAUCAUAUUGCAAAGUCCAGUAGCCCGCGUUGCAGAUGUAAUCAAACCGCGGUUAACUAGCGAUUUACCUUACAAUGUAAAAGUUUUGUCUGUGGCCCAGGCUAGAAUUCAGCUACAUAUUUUAAGAAUGUUUACUGUAGGAGACGCUGUACGACCCAUCACAGCAAAGAUCAGGACAGGCAAGCAUGUCACAAAAACCACAAACUAAUCAACGUUGUUGCUAGCAGUUUACUUUCUCAUGCCUGCGUGUCUUUUUUCUUGAAACAAGAACAUUCCAGAACUUCUUCUGCAGGUCUCGGUUUUGUUAGUUUUACAUUAGAUAUUUUGAUGUACAAUGUAGUCAGCAUAUAUCACCGCAAAUAGCAAUGGAGCCGAUGAAAGGAUGGGUGAAUUGAUACCUUAAAUACUUUUUGCUUUAUGUUUUCAAUUGACUUUUCACGUUUUAGAGAUGAAGCACAAGGAAAAAUGAUGGCAUUAAAAGAAAAAGCUGAUAAAGAUUUAUCACAAUAUAACACUGAACUUAAGGAGCUCAUGCGUAUCAUAGAACAUGAUCGCAAGUUGAAAGAGUUCAUGAGGAUAAAAGGCGAAGAGAGAGCUGAAAUGAUGGAAGGCGAAUUGUCAUCACUGAAAAAGAAAAAAGAUGAAAAAGACAAAGGUGAUAAAGCAGAGGAGACUAUUGAGGUAAAAUAACUGCGAGCAUUUAAAAAGUGAACUCGAAGUAAAAUAUUGACUUGGUACGUUUUUUAAAUGAUAAUGGGCAUACAUACAUGUAUUUUUGUUGCUGUAAUCUGCAAUCAGGCGUUCUUUUUUUCUUCUUCUCGCCUCCGAACGAAAAAGAGAACAAGGACCGCCUGAUCCCAGCGGGCAGGCUAGAGAUGCAGUUUUUUUUUUUAGUUAAAACUAGUGUCAGCGAUAUAUAAUAUAAAGUUGAACCUCUCCUCAACGUUCAUCCUUGCCAUCCCUUGCAACAGAUGACAAGAAACAGUUUUAGUGCCAAAGUAUAGUCUUGAAUAACAAAACUGCACCAUUAUUUUUGAAAUUCCAUUCAAUGCGAAGACAAGUUUUUAUACCUUUUUAAAGUGAUAGCAAAUAGCAGGAGACCCUUUUGAUUCAUAUGGAAAAGAGCUAGUUAUUCAAAUAAUCAACCUUCGUUUGGACGAAGUGCUUGCGUUGCAGCUUUGAAUCUUCCUGCAAUGGGAAGCCAAAUGUUUUUUAUACAAUUUACUUGAAACUUGUCUACUUAGGAAAUGAUUGCACGGGUUUGUUAAUACACCAUGUUAUUUGGCUUUUCUUGUCUCUGUUUUUUAGUCUUACGAGGAAGCUUUUCAGACCAUAAAAGAAGCCACAUGUAUAGAUGACAUCGAUCGGUUGGUAACUAAAUUCAUUGAAGUGGAAGAUAAAAACUUUGCACUCUUCAACUAUGUUAAUGAACUUAACAACGAAAUUGAACUGUUGCAAGAACAAAUUAAUGAGGUAACGUAUCUUUCAUCUUUUGAACUUGUUAUUUUUAUUGCUUUUCUUAUUCAUGCAAGAAUAAAUAUAUUCAAUUUCACUCAGUAGAGUACAAGUAACACUCAAAAAGAGUACAAAUGUGUCUCACGGUAUUUGUGCUCCAGAAGACCGGUUUGACCGGUUUUCUACAAACGUCGCACAUGGCAGAAAAUACAUUGAGCGCUUACCAUUUGUAUAGAAAACCCGGAAAUUCGGGGGAGAAUUCAAAUGGAACGGUUCAUCCCGGUGGGAAUUUUCCGGAAAAAAAGUAAUACUUUUCGAGGUAUAACGCUUUUAACGAAACGGCCGAAAUUUUCUGUACCAUUUGUUUGGAUUACUAGUGCCAGGCUUCAUGUCGAGAGAAAGCGAAAAAUUUACCGGUAUUUUGUAAAUGGUACAACAGUACAACUCAAUCCCGUUCCUGUUUUCGGUGCCAAAAAAAUACUAGAACCAUUUGACGGAAAUUUUUCACCCAAAUUUCCGUACAAAUGGUAAGUGCUCAUUGUUUUCGGAAGAAAAUAAAGAGAAGUAGCCAAAUUGUAAAAUUAAAUAAAAACCGUGUUUCUGGAGUAAAAUCACCUUACCAACAAAGAAAUGUCGACGUUUAUUAGAAAUAGUCAGAACAGACAAACUUAAUAAGCAUACAACAGAGAAGAUGAAAACAGACCUGGAUGUGUGUAAUAUUUAGAGAGAUCGUGAUGGCGACAAUCCGUGAAACAAACAGCGUCCAUUAAAUACAAUACCCGACGAGGAACUGAACAGUCUUUUCUUCUAAUUCUUGUAAAAUUUGAGAAAACUCGACAUGGUAGACUCUAGACGUUCUGUAAAGACUUUUCCUUGCGAAGAUGGGGUUUCAAGUCGGUAGUUUUCGAGGAGCUGUUUGAAUCUCCUUUAAUUCAAUUGUGGGAGAAUUUUCGUCCUUCCAUGGCAAUUUGCUCUGCUCAGUUUAUCUUCUUGCAGUCGGUUUUACACAAAAUCGAAAGAACAUGAAUGUUUGGAUGAACUCGUGCCCUUGGUAAGUGUUAUAAUUAGCCAGUCUUUACAGUCUGGCGUCUUUCCAGACAGUCCAGACAUGUGGAAAGAGGCUCUUGUAACUCCUACGCUAAAGAAGUGUGGUUCUGACCUUGCUCUCAAAAACGUUCGCCCUAUAUAAUCUGAAAUUUGUUCCUACGUUAGUUGAACGAGCAGCAGCGGAACAACUUCAGACUCAUCUGGUUAAGAAUUAUCUCUUUUUUACGCUUCAGUCGGCAUAUCGUCCUAGCCAUAGCACUGAAACAGCCCUACUCAAAAUUAAAAAUGACAUUUAGUUGAAGAUGGACAAACAACACUCUACGCUUCUUAUCCUUCUGGCCCCGGUUGUUCAAACGUUGGAAAGCGCUAUCCACUGGAUAAAUCACUAUCCAGCGGAUAAAUGUUAAGGAAACCAAUCGCGUUAUCCACUGAAUAGAUUUCUAUCCGGUGGAUAACGCUAUCCAACGUUUAAACAACCAGGGCCUGGACCUCAGCACCGCCUUUGACACGGUUGACCAUCAAAUUCUCCUAAACCGUCUAUGCACAGAAUUUGGUGUGUCUGGAAAAGUCCUAGACUGGUUCUCCUCGUACUUAUCAAAUCGCUCCCAGAGCUCUCCCAGAAAGUUACAGUUGAUGGCGUAUUGUGAGACCGGUUAAGUAUCGAUUCUGGGGUCCCCCAAGGCAGUUGUCUGGGUCCUCUGAACAUUAUUCUUCAUUUAUUCUAGUAAGCUGUUCAAUAUUGAUCAUGAAAAAUUUUCAAUAUUGUUAAUAAGCACUUGCCCCUCGUACAUGCCUAUGCUGAUGAUACUAAAAAUUGGCCUGAUAGGGUUUUCAGGGUCGAUACUUCCCAAGUCUGAGCAUAAACUACGUCGCCAUUAACAAAGAUUUGGAAAAAUUACCACCUCAGCUGUAUUAGAUAAAGAUGAAAAUUUUUCAUGAUCAGGGUUCAGGGUUACAAUGACUUCGGAGUUGUUAUAGCAACGAAAUGACGUCAUUACCCGCGUUACUUGCAGCCGUAUUUCUCGGUACUGGGAACUAACUGUUCCUUCAAAAUCGUUCACAGGAGCUUUUUCCUUUAAUAGCCGCGUCGAUGUUCGUGAUAGGAGCUUUUAUCGAGUUAUUUUGGGAUGAAGUUUUUAUGGUUUUUAUGGUUGCAACAUGCACGUACAGCUGUCGCAUUUGCGUACGGGAAUUUUAUGGAACGGACCAGUUCGGUUCGGUUCGACCAAAUGACUUGGGACCACCUUUGAACGUGUUCGAUUUUGACCAGUCUGGUCAUUUCGGCUGGUUGGACCGAAAUGUCCCUUUCCAUUUGACAAAAUUGUUGUCCCCAGUACCGCUCUUUUGUAUCCUUCUUACAAGAACAAUAACCAAAAGCGCGGUGGCUUGGGUCGGAUCUGUGCAACCGGAAUGUACCUUUCCAUUGGACACGUGGACUUUCCGAAAUUUCAAUCCGGAAUUUGCGUUGAAUGGAAAGUGCUCUUGAUCUACCGAGUAGUCAAGAGUAAACCAGUUUCAAAAGUUUUCGUUUCUGAGCAAUCAGCAACAACGUUGCUUAGAGCACGCGAAAACAUUGCGAAAACAGGGUUUUGUAAAGUAGUUACGGUCUGCCACCCAUUCUCCUUAUUAAGAAUAUAAGUAUUUACUGAGCUCUAUACCCCUCUAGUUGAAUAAUAAAUCUCUUAUUGGACGGGUUAAUGAGUAGUAUUGUGGGGUAUUUUUACGAGUCACGCCGUAUUUUGGCGUACCUGUAGGGCGAGUCAAAAUACAAGGGAUGAGUAAAAAUAUCCCACGAUACUACACACUAAACUGUGCAAUAAGAUAACGACCUCCGAUUGUCUUUAUUUGAUUACUUGGUUGUAUCAUCUAAAUUUGGUAGUAAAGAUUGUUGUAUCACCGUUAUUAAAGUUUGUCAUUUUAUUUCUACUGUGUAACUGCGAUAUAAACAGAAUCAAGGAGAGAUUGAAAAGUUUAAAAGUGAGGAGGUGGAGAUGGCCACCCAUAGAAAGGCCCUGCUUAUGGAUCUGGAGAACAGCUUGAGUUCGUGCACAGAACAGGCAGAUCUCUAUGACACACAGUACAAACAGAGCAAAAAAAUCAUUGAACAACUUAAAUCGGGUUAGUUCAUAGUAUUGUUAAAAAUGUUAUACUGCCAGAGUUUAAAUUUAGCACACAUUUGCUGUAGCAAAUAGAAUAAAGACAUUCGCUACUUGUAGAUUUUGUCUCUAGGUAUACGUAAAAGGUCCUUCGUAAGAGGCCUUUUUACGUAAGAAAGUUGGACAACUGGCCCGCAAAACCUAAACUCAAUUCCUUGGCUAUCUUGAUAGAACGUAAACGCGGAAGCGUAUAUAAUGUUUAGAGCUUCUUCGUAUCGUUAGUUACCAUUGACUGACAUGGUACCCACUUUAUCUCUUGUUAUAUUCCAUGCAGACAUACCUUUUCGCCACAAAGUACUUCGACAACACUUAACUUCUUUCUCAAAAUUGUACCGCAAAGAUCUUUAAUCAAAUGCUUGCUAGAAAAAGUUUUAUUAAUUCGCAACUUUGCCGUAGAACGAUAGGCACAAACUGGUAGGGUUUAUUUUUUAUAGGACUUUUUUAACUAACGAGAAGUACAUUCUCACCACAUCACCAUUUAGCGACGCUUAACAGGGUAACGUCUGCAUGGAAGCUACAAGUAGUUUAGAGUAAAAAAAUGCCAUAAUAAUCAGGUAACCUCUAAGGAAGACGUUGUUCGUGUCUUCUCUCAACGCUGCUCCCUUCCCUCCUCCCUGGGGUUAAAAAGAGCCGGUUUAAAGGCUUGUUUGUAGUGGAAGGUGCACUUAGCUUAUCCAGUUAGUUUACAGGCACUCCACGCAAAUACUUAGAAACAACUAAUUUAAAUACACCCCGCUAACAUCUAUCCAGCUAGACCUAUCUGCUUUUCGGGCGACUGACCCAUUUGCAGACGUUGCACUGUCAGACAUCUGAUCGAGGAGGAAGCAACAGAGAGUUCGCUAAUUGGCCUUACUGACAAGGAGACUGAAGGCCGAGUUUUCUUAGUAUUUUAAAGAAACUUUCAAUGAACAGUUACAAUUCUGCUUUGGUUCGUUCUGUUUUGUUUUCAAAUGAAUUAACUUCUUGAAGAAAAAUGUAAAAAUUUAUUUAGCGCCCACUCUUAAUGUCAGAGGCAAAUGACUGCUUAGUUUAGUAAAGGCUUCUGUUCAGAUAUACAGAUAUAUUAGUGUUUCGUUUCAGGUGUAGACUCGCUGUUUAACAAGAUCAACUGUGACCGUACUGCCAUAACUGACAUGUUAGGUGGAAAGUCAGGGGUAACAGAUGCCAACAUGAUGCAGGUAACUUUUAGCCCGCAGAACAAUUUUUUAGUUUUUGUCUACACAGUUUACUAAGAUAAGGUCAGCCAGAUCUAUGUUUGGCUUAAGUCUCGUAUUUAAUACAAUGGAAGCCCUCUACAGUGUUUACCUCAGUGCCCCUCAGUGACAAGGGUUAUUGGCUGCUGUAAAAAGUUGGCCAUGUGCGGCAGGUAGACACUUUCUUUAUAGGAAAAGGGUAGAGCAUCUCCAUUUCUUAUAGUGUGCACACUAUAUUGUCUCAAAGUUGAAACAGUCCCUUAUGUCGUAAAAACAGAGACCAAAUAAUGCUUGGACAAAAUGAUGUUAUAAAGUGAAACCGAGGAAGCUACCGUGAGUAAAUUCGUUUGCACGAAGCUUGAUUUUCUAAAAUAAAAAAAUGCCACGGCCGUUGUGUAAAGUUGGCCUUCAGUAGAGGUUCUACUGUUCAAUCAACAAUCGGUCAAUCUUUUUUAAUUGAAAAGUAAAUACUUAAAAGAAACUGAUAGCAACUAGUUGGCUGACGUGGACUCGCAACUAAAACGUUAAAAGAAGGCCUAGCGGGAUCCAAAUACGAAAUACCUACAUUAGCCAUUUAAAACUUUUUUCAAUUUUUCCUCCUUUUUUCUCCUUUUGUCCCCUUAUCUGUCAAUAUUCGGUAACAACUAAGAUGUUUUCUUCAUUUGACGUGCACUUUAAUUCUUAUUUUAGGUUAUUUUAAUCUGAUCUGAAUCAACUUGAUUUGUGUUUGGUUUUUAGUUUCUUGGAUUAAUUGAGCAAAGGACAAAUGAACUUCUUCAAGUUCAUGGAUUCGUUGCCACCAAGGUUUGCAAGUUUUUUCUUAAACUCAUUAAUUAUUGAUGUGCUGAUGACCCAAUCAGCUUGCAUCAAUUGAGUCAGGUGCAUGUAUUUUGAUACCCAAUGAACAUACCGAUCAAGACACAUUCGAUUAGUUCAAAAACUGAUCAAGACACUGAUCAAGAAACUUGAAUUUUAAUCAGUCUUAAUACUAAAUACAGUAUAUUUGCCGCUUCAAUCAUUACUUAAAACAACAAUAGGGCAUUAUAUUAUUCUUUCAACUUUUCCGCUGUAGAAAUAGAUCGUGUUCAAUAACGACUUAGCUGAUGUAGUUCCCAGCAAUUUCUUCUCCCAGAAUGUUGCUUCUUCUUGCUCGCUCACAAACUCCUUCUCUUCCUUCUUGCACUUAAAGUGCUACUGAAGCCCUUCUCGAACGCCAUCCUUCAUCUCGGCAUUUAAGCAACGUCGGAACAGGACAAACCUUCGAAAAGCAACACACCAAAUUCAAUUCCCAAAACAGUGCAUUUUAAGAUUGUGAACAAUGCGGUCUAAAAGUUGUCAGUUACCUUUUGUCACUAGCGUCCAAAGGGUUCAAAGCUUCGGAUCCAUUUUUCUCCUCCAAAUACCGCUUGAGCGCACAAAUGAUACCAUAAACAGUGGCUUGGGAGGGUAUCUUCCACCGGACUUUUUAGCUACCUCCAUCACGAAUUUUGACAACCAAUAGUUCAGCGACAGAGCAUCCAUUCCGGCAAUAUCUGCGCUCAGAGAGCGGUAACCUUGUGUAAAUCGUAGUCCUUGAAGAGACCACCACAAUCUAAUACCGGAACUUGAACCUCUCUUAACCUCUGCCAUUCGGCAAAAAUGCUCACAGCCCACUUGUUUUUAUACUUAGUUGAAGCUGGAACGGCGUCAUUCACCAGAACAUUUUCUUGAAAAGAAGUUUUAGGAACGCGAAAUC